AUGGCGGUAAUAUGUGAAUCUCAUGCUGCUUGCAGGAGCUACCUUAAUGCUCAAGCCUUGAAGAAUGCAACUCGCAGACCCCCUAUUCUUAUGGCUCAAACCCCCCAAUUUUGGUCCCCUCCUACUAAUGGUGUCGUAAAAAUUAAUGUGGAUGCUUCUUGGAAACCGGAGCUUCAUAAGGCAGACUGUACCAUCGAAGCGAAGACUUUGGCUAUUCUGGAAGGGUGUAAUUUUGCUAUCCAACAAGGGCACACUAGAGUAGUCAUUGAAUUUGAUUCCAAGGAGGCCAUAUCUUGCCCAAAUCGUUCAAUCCCAAGAGGUAGGUGGCAGCUCUAUCCAAUCUUCGUAACAUCAGGAACUCUUGCUUUACCUUUCGGGAUUGUAACUGGUCAUGGGUAG